ACAUCUUCACACAUCCCUCUUCGUGUUCUCCUUCCCCUUGUUUCAUAUAUGCUUCGAGUUUCGCAGCCAGCCAGAUAUCCCAUAAAUCAUAGGAUUAAUCAAAGAAUUCUGGAAAUGACGACGUCAGUUAAAGAAUUCAUUGAGAUCCUAAAUGCCGAAGUUUAUGUCGACCUCGAUAAAUUACGCGAAGCAGCUCGACAUGGCGUUCCCUUGGAAGUCCGCGGGGAAGCGUGGAAGUAUUUGCUCGGUGUAAACCCUGCUGACAGAUCACAGGAAUUGACCAGCCUCAAGGACAAGUACGAAGAAUAUCUUACCGCUGAGAAAGAAAAUUCGGACAUAAUAAAACGUCUACGAGGCGAAGUGAGCCGAUACCAACGUAGGGUCCGUGAUGUCGAUGGCACCAAUACAGCCAUCUUUGAAAAUGUGAUCGGCGCCUACAUGAAUAAUAAUCGAAACGUGGACUACCAUCCGGCCCUUGUUCAUCUUUGCGGUCCAUUCGUGUACUGCAUAAAAAGUGAAUCGGACGUGUAUCACUGUUUCAUACGACUCAUGGCCACUCUUGACGAGCAUAAUUCAACCCACAGCAUCAACGAACGUGUCGCAAAUUUCAUGACCUUGUUCAGAGAGUUCAUUCCCGAUUUGUAUAACUACUUUGAAGAUGAAGAAGUCGACAUCAAUGAAUGGGCAUCAUCCUGGUUACAAUUUUUGUUGGCCAAAGAACUUCAGUUAGAAGAUUUGAUGCGUCUUUGGGACACAUACUUUUCAAUUGACGACCCAAUCGAGUUUCAUCCUUUUGUUUGCCUAGCUGUGCUGAAACACACAAGGGAAAACCUAGAAGAAUUAGAGCAAUCAGAGAUUAGAACAUUACUACUGAGGUUACCCUCAAUAGACAUGGAACAA